GUUGCCAAUCACUUCUGGCAAUUUAUAAAGACGUAUUACUUAAAUUCAAGUAUGUAAUUAUUUAUUUACAUUACUUUUUCUUCAAGAUUCUCGGUACCUGUACGUUUGUAUAACAGAGCAUAACUGUUCUAUUAAGAUGUAAGAGCCUGGAUAGAACCUGUCUUACUUGAAUACUAGUGUGAUGAUAAGUUGCUCUUUUGUAGGAUAUAUAUACAGAUGUAAAUUAAACCAGCAACUUAGCGGUCUGAGCACGCGGCUUUAAAACAGUGAUUCAUAACUUUACACCCCAAUCACUCUUCUGUGGUUAAAUUGAAGUUUUUGAUCAGAUAAAGUAACUUGAGUGAAUGGUUUUAUCUAAUUACCUUAUUUUCGGUAAGUAUUUACUUUGGAGCUCUAAACCUUAAAAACCUUAAACCUUAAUACGAGAGAAUUAACGUCAAUUAGAUAGUUUAGUCGAUAUAAAAACAUUUAAUUUUUACACAUACUUGUUGAUUCAUCAAAAGAGGUACUGUUAUACCUUACCAGUUACUACUCAAGCUGAGAUACAAAUUGAUUCACGUAAAUAAACAAGGUUUAUCUUGCUAAAACCAAUUCUAAAUGCCAGACAACACAUUUGGCACAAUCUAUUACUUUUGAUAAAUCAUACAAUUAAACGUAACUAUGGUGAAUAUGUUUGUUAAAUGUUCCGCUAAUAAUACUAACAAGUCUUUUGAACAUGUUAUUUUGUAAGGUUAUUGUUAUAACAAAUAUGACAAUGUUUAGCUAAAAAAAACUUUUUUUUAAAAGAAUCGGUAGAAAAUGCACUCCGUACGAACACAAUUUUAGAGAGCAACUGGCAUCUGAGACGUUCUAUAAACAAUACGAUACUUUAUUAAGCUGAUGUAUUUGCACGUACUAAUAAAAGUUUUAAUGAAUUGUGUAAAUUAAUUUUUCAGUAAAAUAUUGGUUAGAAAUGAAACAGUUUUAAGACUUCAGAUACUUGAAAUUGUGGUAAAAUAUAAUCCAUAGAUCCUUUAUCCACAAGCUUUUAUUAUGCCGCAUCAACACUGGUAGGUCGACGUCCAACAGAAUCUCGGCAUGAAUGAAGAAAACUCAUCUCUCUUUUUAAUGCCUAUCAAGAGACAAGAAUGCUGCUGAGCAAUCUGCUUUCUAUUAUUAUAUGGCUCUCGAAGACGACUUAUGAAACAAGAAGACACAAAAAGUGACACCAUUCAACAUGUAUGCAAUACUCUCAUCACUGUUUCUCGGUCAAAACAUGGUUCGAAUGGCUUUAAAAACCACUGACUUAUUUUACUAUUUCCUACGAGAAUGUGAAGAUAUUUGAGAUCAUGUUUAUUUUUAAAUUUCAGUCUCAACAAUGUUAAGUAAAUCGUCAACUUUUCAUGUUUCAACGCGACACGUCUAUGAGCAUGAAUUAAAGCACCUUCCAUAUCACCAAAGUCAAAACCAUCGAUCACAGAAACAGUCAAAGGUCGAUGAUCCAACUCCCCAUUCAAAUCAAUACACUAAACAUAAUCAGCGUCAAGUUUUAAAUUCGAAUAUGUUCCGAUCGGAAAUCAUGUUUAAUUCUAAAGUAAGUAGAUCACUACAUAUUGAUGUUAAUACUAUUACUAACAAUAAUGUAAGCAGUAUCUCACCUACAAAUUCAUGUUUUACUAUUUCUUCAAAUGAUAAUCAUAUCGCUUGUAAAUUAAACGAUAUUAGUGAUACUGAUGAAGAGAUCAUUGAUGAUAAUGACUCUGACAAUGAUAUUGAUGAUGAUAGUUUCUAUAAUAAAGAUGAAGUCGAUGAAUUAUUCUUUUUCAUACCAACUGUAUCUUCUAAUGAGGUAAAGUAUGGGAAUCAAUUAAAACAGCACCAAUCUAUUCCAUUCACACAAAACACAAAUCGUAUACAUAAAUUGUACGAUGAUUCACUCAAUUUACAAGUUUCACCAAAACUUCCAAGUUUAAAAGAACGUAUAACUCGUACACAAAACAUCUGGUGUCUACCAAAUUUAAGUAGGAUAGAAUCCGAAAAAUUAUUGGAGUUUGCUGAAAUUGGAAAUUUCAUCGUUCGUGUAAACCAACAAAAUUCAAGUAUGGUACUCACUCGUGUUUGUCCACCAACAACAGCGAUACGUUCACUCAAUAAAAUUAACGGUUAUUUACAUGCUAAACACAAAGACUACAUUGAAGACAACUACAACAAAAAUCAACAUCAGAAUGUUUAUUUACCAAUCAAACAUAAUUUGAUUGAAAUACUUCCUCAUGAUGGUUAUUGUUUGACUGGAGAUAAGAAAAUGCGUUUAAUAUUCAAAAGUUUGAUACAUUUAUUAGAAUUCUAUUUACUUGUUCAAGUAAGCAAUCGUGGAUCAUUCCUUCGUUUACCAUCGGCAAUUUGUCAAGCAAAAACUACGCAGGAACUUGACCAAAUUAAUAAACAGGGGAUAAAAUUUUGGAAAUCAACCAAUAAUUGGAAUGUUGACUAUAAACCAUUUUUGAAAAAUCCAUUCCUUCCUAAUUCACAAUUGUUUACUUCACAAAAUUCAAUGAAAUCAUCCAAAUUAAGAAAUCAACAAGAUAGUAAUAUGUCAGUUAAUCAGAUAUCACAACAACAGACACGAGAAUAUCCACGUUGGAGACAAAUGAAUAUCAUUUGUAAUAAAAAAGAUAAUAAGCUGACAACAACGACAACAACACCACGUAUACGCCCGAGAGCAAGUUCAGUAAAUGAUCGUUCAACACAACAUCAUUAUGAAACAAAAUUAAAACAUAAAGAAAUUGAGAAGCCCAUAAAUAUCAAUAAUAAUAAUAAAAUUAAUCAUGCAGAUAAUUUAUUUAAAACAAUGAAACAAAGAUUAGAUUUUAGAAAUAAUUAUUUACAUAAAACGAAUGAUAAUAAUAGCAAAGUAGAUCGAUUGUCAUUAGAAAAACAUUCUUGUCAACAGAUUACAAAUAUUCUAUCACCAUCAUCAUCAUCAUCAUCAUCGUCUUCUUCAAAUGUUCCCAUAAUUACUACAACUAUUCAGAAAAUAUCUCCUUUAAAUAAAACUGAUAAAAUUAAUGAAUCCAUUGAAUGUUCUUCUCUUCGAUUAAAUCAAAAUCGACGUCAUCAAAAUGGGGUAUAUGAAGGAGCUGAAAACGAAUUCUGGGAUGCUCUUUUGCAAGCUAAAUCUUCAAAUCCAGUCCAAACUGUUGAGACACAGGCAUGGCGUUUAUGGAAUCCGAACCAAAAUACAAAACAUCCUAUGAACAUAACCAAUACAUUCACCGGGGUUAAUACUUCCAUCAUCAUUACCACCACUACUACCGCUGCAAAUACCGACACUAAUAAUCAAUCACAAGAGGGAAAAUUAUUCACUUCAGCUUUUCAUUUAAACAGCACAUCUUGUGAACCAACAAAAACAAGUACUCGUAGUAAAGGUAACACUGAGUAUCAUGAUUUAAACUUUCCACUUGAAAUUGUCAACUCACAAGAUAAAAAGCGUCAAUUAAAACAUCAAAUCUCAUUACCAUCAGAUAGAUCCCAUUUGACAUCAGAUGCAUAUGAUAAACAAUUUGUACUUAAGACUCACCAAACAACUAUACAGCCUGUAUGCAUGAAUCUGGUAAAUGAUAGUGUAGGGAAUUCAACCACUAAUGCUAUGAAGUGUAAUCCCAUUGUACAUACAACAAGUAAUACUAGUCAUACUACUAAAAACUGUGCUGGUAGUAUAUGCGACGAUUUAAAACUUCCAAAUUACUUUACACGUAUUGUAAAUACUAAUCAUUAUAAUGAUACCGUGAAUUACCAAGACACUGCAACUAAUCCAAUUUAUUCAAGUGGAUGUUUGAACAACGAGCUAAGAGUUGACACUAGUUUUAACUAUUAUGAUACUAAUGAUAAUAGAGAUGAUAAUUUACAGUUUAAUGGAAAAGAAACUGGUAAUAUCGACAAAACAUUAUCGGAUUACGAUGCAUUAGUGGAUCAAGAAAUAGGAGGCUAUAAAAAUACAAGAUAUUCAUUAAAUUUGAAUGAUUUAGCAACACCUCAAACAGUUGGACAUGUAUUUGUUAUGAAAGCUACAGCUUAUCCUAUAGAUGAAUAUAAUUUUUCAUCGCAUCCACCAAUUGAUUCCUUAAACAAUAAUUUCUCUUCAAUUUCAUUGAAAUGUUCAACAACAACAUCAACAACAACCACAGUAUCAGGAGCAUGUUAUGCAAAGUUGAAAAAAGACAUAUCAUAUCAAGACAAUCAUACUCCAGGAACAAUAACCACAAUGUCAACAAUAAAUGAUACAUGUAAACAUAAGAGUAAUAACAAUAUAUCUGAACCUUUGCAUACAAGCAAUAAACCAAAAUUAAGACGCGCAUAUUCGCUGAAAAAACAAUCAUCAUCAACAUCUAAGCGAACACAGCCAUAUGAAGAUUUAUUAUUGUUUAAUGCAAAUUUGAAUGAGAAUAAUAAUAACACUAACAACAGUUUGGACAAUGAUGGUAAUAAUGACAGUUAUAAUCGUAGGCAUGGAUUAUUAUUUCUAGGGGAAAGUUCAACAUGUUUACGCAAUAACAUAUUGCCUACAGAUAAGACUGAGAAAAUUACUAGAAUGUACGAUGAAAACGAGGCGGAUACAACACAUAGACAGAAAACAGUUAAAACAAUUUCUGAAAAUAAUCAUCGACCUACUAGUUCAUCAUCACCGCCGUUAUCAUCCAAAGUAGUCAUGCAAAAACUGGACGAAAUAAAAAAUGACUCAUCCACGUAUAAACCGGUCACUAAAAUUAUUUAUUCAAAAACAUUGAAUAGUCAAAGUAAUUAUCACCCAGACUUAGAGACAUCAGAUGUUACUGAUACAUUUGUAAACCAUUAUGAUAAGUCCAAGAAAUAUGAUAUACUACAUGGAGAUCAUACAAUUUGCUUUGAAACUGAUAUGGAAUUAAAUAAGAAUUAUUUCCAAGAUAUUGAACAAAAUUCAAAAGUAAAGAAAUUAACCAUGUCAACGGCUAUAACGAUGACGGCAACGACAACAACAGCACUGAUAUCAGAAACUGUAACAAAAUCAGUUAAUUCUGAAUGUCCAACAUUAACUUUGUUGUCUGCUCCAAGGAUAUCACUGCCUCAUGAGAUUUAUCAAAGUGAACAAAAUGUUUGGGAUAAAAGUUCAAACAGUAGACAACAACAACAAAAUAAUAAUCCACACUCUUAUCGUCAUCAAAUAUCAUCAGAUUCUCAACAAAAUAAAAGUUUCAAACUUGAAUCUAAUACAUCAUCACCUGGAGCUAGUAGUCGAGCUAGUACUGUAUUUUGUCCACCAUGGGAUACUGCCCCAAUUGGUCCAUAUAUUGCAGAUUUAUUAAAAUUAAAUCCACCGUUCUCAUCAACUCUUGAUGAUUUACAACAAUCUCCUAAUGCUUAUCACUCUAAUGAUUAUAAUUCCAAUAAUCUUAAUAACAGUAAAAUUCAUUCACAAUCAAGGAAUACACAUUAUCAACGUAAAGAUUCUACACGGAGUCGUAGUAAAACAUUAUCUAGUGUUGAACAUCAACUAUUGAUUGGAAAUUUACUUACUGACUAUAAUAAUUAUUAUUGUUCUUCGUCUACUGCGACAACAACAACUACUAAUGAUAAUAAUCCAGUAAUUUCACCUUCAUCACUAUUAAAUAGUAAUAAUAAAACUGAUAUGUCUAAUCUUUUCAGUCUGUGGGAACAACAACAACAAAAUCAGUCGAACAAUAGAGAACUGAAAGAGUUGUCAUCAACAUCACUAGGAAAUAUGAAUGAGUUUUUUAAAAGUUUACAAAAUGAUUUUUUAACUGAAACGACAACCGCGGUAUUGGAAACAUCAACGACGACGCCGACGACGGUGACGAUGUCAGCAGCAGCAACAACAAAAUCGUUAACAAUGAAGGAUGAUAGUGAUAAAUUAUCACCACCACUUCCAGUGAGAAGUAAAGGUGGACUAAAUGAUCCUUAUUCACUUGUUAAUGUGUCAAAAAAUAAUUCAUUAGAUUACAAAUUACAUUCAUUUAUUGAUUUUACAGAUGACAUUAGUCCAUAUGCUGUAACUGCCUGUCAUUCAAUGAAUUAUAAUAAUAACAAUAAUAAUAAUACUAGUAACAAUUCAGUACAAGAUUGUUCAUGUCUAACAUCAAGCGAAUUACAAACUUCUUCAUCUCAUAUAACGAGACCGUUGAAUAAUCAUCAUAUUCAUGGUAAACUUCGUGAUGAUAAUAAUAAUGGUAAUAAAAAUGUAGAUGAUAGAAGCAAUAUUAACAUCAAUACCACUACCAAUAUUACCAGUAACGGUGCUACAAUUGAUAAUCACAAUACCAAUUACAGUGUAACUAAUAAUGCGGAUAGUACUACUAUCGAAGAACUGAUACCGUACGAUUAUUCCUUGUCAAAUAAAUCACUACCUUUAGAUUUCUGCCAGAAUCCAUUAAAUAGUUCAUUGGAUAGUACUACAAGCCAUGGUAAAAUAUGGCCGGAUAAUUAUGUUUAUGCUCAAGUACUACCAAAACAUUUACGCGAUCAAGUUCAAUUCACUGAUAUCAAUUCAUUUGAUCAUACAAUCACAUUUCGAUCAGAUCCGUUCAAUGAUAUGCCACAAAUGGAAUUUAACAAUUUAAAAACUCUUGAACAUAUAUCAUUAAAUAAAAAAGAUGAACUAACUGAUAAGGAUUCAUUUACACAACAAUGUAUUGCACCUUUAUCAAUUGGUGAAUCAUUACAAACUUCAUCAUCUACUAAUUCAUUAGCUUCAUCAUUUGAUUCAAAAACAUCACUUUCUUCAUGGAAUUCUUCAGAAUCUUAUUCACAAAUACCUAGUAAAUCAGAACAAUAUCAUUUACCAUUGAAUACAAAUAUGAAUAAUAAAUUAAUUCAUUCAAUAAAUACAAGCCAAUUGAAUUUUGAAAAAGUUUCAUUAUUAACUCAUGAACAAUUACAAUCUUCAAAUAAUUUAGAUAAAAUAAAUUGGUCUAGUGAUUUACCACAAAAAUCAAAGAGAGUUGGUCGGCAUAUUAAGAAAUUUUUUCAUAGAUUAAUGACUAAUCCUAAAAGUCAAAUAGCAGAACAAAUUAAUUUAUUUAUAGAAUGUACAAAAGCAAGCAGUGAUCGUGGUCCAUAUCGAACAAUGCAAUCAAUUCGCCAAUUCAUCAAUGGUAUGACCAAUUAUCUCCUCAAGAAUCCAUAUCUUGGUCUUCCAAAAGCUGUUGAACGAGAGAAAAAGGAGUUAAAUGAAUUCGGAUAUGUAAAUGUUGGUUUUCAUUUAGAAUCAGCUUUACAACGAUAUAUCCUCAAACCAUUACAUCUUCAUGUGAUUAAACAAUUAGAACAGGAACAAGUAAAGAACACGGAUCUCAGUAACUUACAAAUUAAAGUUCAAAAAUUAUGUGAUCCCGAAAUUCGAGCAUCAGAUCUUGGAAUACAGGCACCUAUCGCACCGCCAAAAGAAUCUCUUAUACAAUAUGUGGUCAAUGUUUAUUCACAUUUAGCAAAUACCUAUUCAGUUCAACGGAAAAUAAAUUAUCUUGUUUCCAUAUUUAAUUAUAUUCGAAAAAGUAUAUACAAUUUGAAAUCGGAUCAAGAAUUAGAUGCAAACUCUUUGAGUACUGAAGAUCUUCAUGCCUACUACGCUUGGGUAUUCGCUCGAUCUGGCCUACUUCUCACAUCACUUAAUCCAACAAACAACCAUGACAUUGGAUUACAGACCACUUUACUUACAAACGGUAAUAAUAAUAUCAAUAAAUCAAUAAUUUGUCCAGCUGCAUUACAAGCUGAUUAUCUAGAUGGAGUUUUAAAUACCCCUCAACUAAAUGAUCAAGCAACAGGACUGAAUGAUUUAUUCGGCUCACUGUAUUGGAUAUGGAAUGAUAAAAAUGCAUUAUACCAAUCACAUGAAUCUAGUCCAUUGACACAACAAAAACUUUUAAACACGGAACAACAAAAUGCUUCAUCAUAUUCUAUAAAUAAGCAAGAAUCGCAAUUAAUUACUCAAGAUGAAUCAUUACAGAACAUGAUCAAUUCAUUUAAUUUAGGUUCCUCGAAAUACAUUCCAUAUCAACAUAAGCAAGAUCAUUCAACUUCUAUGGAAAAUAAAAAUUCAUCUAGUAGUUUAUUUCGUUUAACUACAGAAUUUAGUAGACGACGUAUAAUACCACCACGUCGAAGAAAAACCGUCACUGGUGUAAAUUUACCAAAGAUACCUAAUAUUGAACAUUCGAAUGAAAUAAAAUCUUCUCCAACUAAAAUACAACAUAAUGUUAAACAUCUGACAGCUGAUUCGAGUAUGAACACUACUAGACAGUUCUCAAAUCUAUCAAAACCUCAGUCCAUUUCCCAUUUAACAUUGAACGAAGAUCACUUUAGUCCUGUUCCAUUGAAUCAAAAUAAUAAUAACAAUAAUACACUGUCAAGAUGGCGUCCAUGGAUUGCACAACCAACCUUGCUGACACAUUCACCGAGUACAUGUCCUCUACCUGUUCAGUCUUCUCUUUCUUCGACCGCAAAUCUAAAAAUGUCUUCUACAUCUCCCGUUCAUGCGAAUACAACAAACUAUUUACAAGUAUUAGUAAUGAAUGAAGAAACGAACCAAUUACAGGCAUUAAAUUACCCAAUAAGGCCAAACAUGACAGCUAGAGAGCUAAAUAAUUUGAUAGCAUUUCAAAUGAGAAUAUUUGAUUCAAAAGAUUUUGGAUUAUUUGCUUACAUUAAUGGAACAGAAAUUCAAUUAGAAGAUGAACUACGAAUAGCUGAAUAUACUAGUUUAAAUCCAGAUAUUUCAUAUUCAACACAUAUACUUCCAACAACAAUGACAAUGGUCACACCAUCACGUUCACAAACCGGUACACCUAAUUCACUGAAAGACCAUGAAACACUUCCAUUCAAAAGUCAUGUUUCUAUUAGUUCACAUUCUGAUUCUACUACCAGUAGUUCAUCUGACUUUCGAUCGCGAACAGUAUCACAUCGUACGGGAAAGUCAAAUCGAAAUCGUGCUGCUUGGUGGACAAUGUGUGGAUCGAAUGGUCAAUCAAAGCAUCAGUUAGUAGUACCAGUUCAAGAUUCAGCUUGUAAAAAUGGUACAGAAUGUCAUGAAAAUUUAGGCUUGCAUAAACCAGUGUUAGUUUAUAAACGUAAAUCUGGCUAUUUCGCCUUAUCUGACCGUCUGUUGGGAUCAGGAUUAAAAUUUAUCCAACAACAAAACUUAGAAUUAUCUUCCCCUGAACAAUCAUAAUUGUGUAAAAUAAAUCAAAGGAGUUUCGAAUCAUUUAAAAAAUUCCAAACUCCUGUAUUCAACUGAACUUUCAAAAUUCUCACAUUUCAUGACCCAAAAUGUAUUUUAGAAAAUAUCUCACCGAAAAUGUAUGUUACUUAUACAUUCGAUCAGUAGUAACAGUUAACAAACUAAAAAAACAUUUUACAGAAAAAAUGAGUUGAGACGAUCUAAACAAAUCCUUACAAUGAUGUGCAUUUAAUCGGACCAGAUUUUCUAUUCAUUGUUUUAUUACAAUCAGUUGAAGUGGUCAAAAAUCUGGUUGAGUAGAUACACAAACAUAUGGCACUAUUCAUAACAACAUUUAUUAUGAUUUUAGCUUUCAUGACUUGACUAAAUAUUUGUGCUUACGAUGCUUCUAAUUAUUAAAGUCUAUUUAAAAGUAAAUUAAUACAAUGAUGGCAGUUCUGUCUCUGUAAUCCUUCUUAUCAUUAAUUUGUUUCCUUCAUAUCUAUAUUUUUUUCUUCUUAUUGAAAGUGAUAAUUAUAAUUUUUGCAUUGAAGUUUUUACUUGUGCAUAUUACCUAUUAUUAGGAAAAUACAGUGUUAGGAUUUCACGGAGGAAUCAUCUGAUGUUGAACAUAAUAUUACUUAAUACAAAAAAUACCCAUUUACUUGGGUACGUGCGUUUACACUGAGGAUAGCAAACUGAAAAGUCCGACAGAAAAAAAGAUCACGUAUAAAACACAAUAAGGAGAAUAUGAUUAAAACCGGUUAUCAAGAACAAAAUGAUAAAAUUGUCUCUAGGCCUAGAUAACCCAAAAUCAUAAGCACAAUAUCAUGUACACUUUAUUUUUGCUGCUAAAAGACAUAUUUUACUCUGCUUAAGGCUUCUUAACCUUUGAAAAUGGUUAGAGUAAAACCUAGGAACUGACAUUUGAAUAUUUUGGUUCUUACAAGUAAAAUGAUAUUUGAGACUAGUACAUAAUCGAUUCUUCUCGAUUUGAGUCCUCAUAGUUGAGUGCUACAGAUUAGGCUGUACUAUUCAAGUGAUAAGAAAAUAGUCCGCUUGAUAGAGCUAUAUUAUAGCUUUUUGUAGCACAUUAAAUGUUAGGAUAGGUGAUAAUAUCAAUAAAUCUUUCUGAAUUUUGCUCUUAUCCACUACUCAACUAAAAAUCUUCCAGCUGUACACUUUUAUAAAUCCUUAAAUCAUGAUAUAGCAUAUCAAACAUCCAAUACACUUUAUCGAUUUGUUGUUAUUUCCCUUUUUUUAUUCAUUUGAGUGGAAAUCUUAGAGAAACUCACCCUUUAUUUACUAGUAUUUACUAGUAAAACUCCUGUGAAAUAGAAAAACUAAUUUUUUUAUUGACAAUUGAGUGUAUUUUUUUUCUGUUAAAUGAACGCCACGAUCAAAUCAAAGUCUAUAGGCAAGUAAUAUCUAGUGAACAUAUAGCAAAAGAUAUAGUUUGACAAACUAGCCACUAAAAUCUUGAGGUUCCAAGUGCUAUGUGCACGGUUUAGAUACUGUGAUGACACUAACUGUGUGUAUUAUUCAGUAUAUCAUUCAUAAAACAUUAUUUUUUUAACAUUUUCUCCAAAUAAGCGUCGGAUGAAAUACGAUUUUAUUUGGUUGUACCACAGAUGUGGAUCGUUCCACGUUUCUUUGCAUUUAGAUUAUCCAGUUUCUACCAUAUUAUUGAACCAAAAUCGUUCUUUUCACUUUUUCUCACCAAGAGAUCGAUAAUUGGGAAUAAUUUUGCAAUUUUAUACUAGAAUGUGAAAGUCAUACCAACUUGAACCUGAUUGUUUUAGUAGUAUAGUAUGGUUCAAUCGGUCCAAUCAUAUAUGUUUGAAUUUCAUUAUAGCUUAUUCAUAUGACAAGAAUUAAACAUAAUUAUUUAGUGAUGGAGUAUUCUGUAUUUCCGAAAAUUUAAAAAGAUUUUGAAUUUACCAAGUGUCAUUUGAACAAAGCAACAAUCCAUUUCUCAACAAUUCCAUGAAGCUUAUUGACUUCACAAAGCAUCCUCUUUAUAAAAUUAAUGAAUAUGAGAUAAAUGGUCAACGUUUUAUUUGGAAUUCUAUCCCUGUACUGAAUAUGAUUUCAUUAGGAGUGUGAUUUAGUUUCAACAGUCUUACCGUUGAAAUCAAUAUCUAGUUAUUGUAAGGCCCAGAUCUAUAAAAUAUCCUCAUUUCUGGCUAGCAAAUGCUCCAUAAAAAUUACUUUAUCGGAGAUCUGCAAGGACAUAUACAAUAUAGUGUAGCCCAACAAACAAAAUAUAAACACAAAUAUAGAAAACUACACUCAGAUACAUAGCAUUAACCUACUAAAUGAAUAGAAAAAUCAUCAAAAGCACUGGAUACAGCAUACUAAGUGGAGGUUGUAGGCAACCUUAGCUAUUUUUUAGACAUUAUUUAAAUACUAUCACUAUACGAUAAACUUUGUUAAUAAUCACUUAAUUUAUAUACACAUUCGUUAGCAUAAAUAUAGUCCAUUCAGUAGUUGAGAUCAUGAGUUAAUUGAAGCUAGACCACUAUGGGAAACCUGGAAGCACCGGACGGCUGUUUCGUCCUACUAUGGGAUUCCUCAACAGUGAGCAUUCACGACUCCAUCUCUCAGGAUUCGAACCCAGAAUCUAUUGGUCUCAUUCAAUUAACUGAUAAUGUAAAUCAUAAUGGCAAUAUAUACUAAUUAUUGAUUAAUAUCAAGUAUAAAAUAUUCUACAGUUUCAGUAUACAAUAAGAACUUAGUUAUAACUAUGGAGAAUGUUAAUGUUUAAUAAAAUUUAGAAAUUCUAACCAGUUUUUAAUUAAAUUCAACAUUAUAACUUCCUUUAUUCUUUUUAUUUGAUUUACAGCAUAAUUGUAUGUAAACAGGUAUUUAUAAGUUUCAUCCCUAUCCAUUAUUACCUAUGGUCUUGUAGAUUAGUCUGAAUUAGUUCAUAGAAGAAACGUUCU